GGCUGGUUGGCCACACUCGCGCUGGGUGAGCUGUGAAGUUAAAUCGACUACGAAGCUGUCUCUCCUCUUUUAAAACCAAGAGAGCAAGCGAAUAUACCGACCGACAAACAAACAUCUUCCCUCACAUGUUUUAUCAAACGCCAUUUUUUGUGCGUUUUUUCUUUUUUUUUUUCUUUUUCGGUGAAGGACUCCAGAGCUUCGGCGACUUCUCCUUCACCGUGCUCGCCUGGAGACGGAAUAUAACGCUUUAAUGACAUUUUCACUCCCGGAUAAAGAAGCUCGCUGAAUGAAACUUUAUACUUUUUCUUCUGGAUAGGUGAAGAAGCUCCGCUGUUUAUUUUUCUAUCUGUAGAAAAGGCGUGUUGACUGACGCUGUGGACCGCUGUAUGGGACGCACUUAAAAUGGUCGGUCACCUCAAGUUCCAGGUCGGGAGGUUAACAACGAUGUCAGGACUCGCUGGUUUUGGAAAAUGAUUGCUGGCAGCACCGACGCUAAAAUAAUGGUCAGAAGAUGUCUAGUAACGUUCAAACCGUUCAGGAUAUUCGUGGUGGGAAUAGGCUUCUUCAGCCUGUGUUUUCUAAUGACCUCUCUGGGGGGGCAGUUCUCAGCAAAGAGACUGGGGGACUCCCCCUUUACCAUCCGCACAGAAGUGCUGGGAGGCGUGGAGUCACGUGGUGUGCUGAGGAAGAUUAGCGACAUGUUGGAGGUGAUUCUGAAGAGGAUGGACAGUUUGUCCAAACUCGACAACACCUCCACCACUGACGCAAGGCGCCUGGAUGAGCUCAGCUCUGCCAUAAACAGAUUUCAACCAGCCAGCCUGGUGGAGAGGAUCCAAGCUAUCGCCCAGAAUGUCUCUAACAUGGCCAUCAGGGUGGAGCAGAUAUUGCAAAAUAGUAUGGUGCAAGGCAGAGUAUUGAGAGAUGGGUCAUCAAGUCAGUGUGAAGUGCCGAGAGACCCUCGCUUCCCAGAGUGUCCUGGAAAAGUAGACUGGAUGCGUGCACGGUGGACAUCAGAUCCUUGCUAUGCCUUCUAUGGUGUUGAUGGUUCAGACUGUUCUUUCCUCAUCUACCUGAGUGAGGUUGAGUGGUUCUGCCCCCCACUGGCCUGGAGGAACCACAGCAGCCCCCCUACCCAGCAUACACAGCCAGCAAAGUCCCCCAAGAGACAAGCUGCCUUCCGUACAGACCUCUCUGUGUUGCUGGACCAGGUUGGGACAGGUAAGGAGUCCCUCAGCUUUAUGAAGCGGCGAAUCCGGCGACUUGCACAACAGUGGGCAACAGCUGCCAAUCGUCUGGAUGCCAAAUUGGAGCAACAGUGGAGAGACCAGAAGAAGAUCCUCGUUCAUGUAGGCUUCCUAACUGAGGAGUCUGGAGAUGUUUUCAGCCCAAAGGUGUUGAAGGGAGGGCCUCUAGGAGAGAUGGUCCAAUGGGCUGAUAUCCUCACUGCACUUCAUGUUCUGGGACACAACCUCAAGAUCUCCAUGUCUGUCAAGGAACUUCAGGGGUUCCUCGGCGUGCCCCCAGGCAGAGGCAGUUGCCCACUCACUGGUCCAUUGCCCUUUGACCUCAUCUACACAGACUACCAUGGCCUGCAGCAGAUGAAGCAACACAUGGGGCUCUCACUCAAGAAACACAAGUGUCAUAUUCGAGUGAUUGACACCUUUGGCACGGAGCCUGCUUAUAAUCACGAGGAGUAUGCAACUCUGCAUGGCUACCGGACCAACUGGGGCUACUGGAACCUCAAUGCAAGGCAGUACAUGACUAUGUUCCCUCACACACCAGACAACUCAUUUAUGGGCUUUGUUUCGGAGGAGCUGAAUGAGACGGAGAAGAGGAGCAUCCAACAGAACAAAGUCAACAACAUGGCUGUAGUGUAUGGGAAAGAAGCCAGCAUGUGGAAGCUUCAGCAGGGUAAAGAGAGUUUCCUCCAGAUUCUCCAUAGAUACAUGGAAGUCCACGGCACAGUCUACUAUGAGACCCAGAGACCUCCAGAGGUCCCAGCCUUUGUGAAGAACCACGGCCUGCUGCCCCAGCACGAGCUGCAGCAAUUAUUGCGGAAGGCCAAGCUCUUCAUUGGUUUUGGUUUCCCAUACGAGGGCCCGGCCCCUCUUGAAGCUAUAGCCAACGGUUGCAUUUUCCUCCAGCCCAAGUUCAACCCACCCCACAGCUCACUAAAUCACGAGUUUUUCCGAGGCAAGCCCACAUCUAGAGAGGUAUUCUCCCAGCACCCAUACGCAGAGCAGUACAUUGGCCGACCUCACGUCAUGACAGUGGACUACAACAACUCUGUGGAGUUUGACUCUGCUAUCAAGGAAAUCAUGAGGACCAAGGUCGAGCCUUAUCUGCCUUAUGAAUACACCUGCGAGGGCAUGCUCGAGAGAGUGCAUGCAUACAUACAGCAUCAGGAUUUCUGUGCCCCAGAGCCUCCGUUCAUUCCAGCCAACCUCUCCAGAAAGGGGUCCGCUGGUGGCAGCAGGAUGAUGGGACCUCUGUUUGUGCCCCUGCCCAACACUACAGCUCUUGGCUGGGCAUCCAAUGUGACAGCUCCCCUUGCCUGGCCUCCUCUCAGCUCCCUCAGGCUGCUUGUAUCUCAAGAGGGCCAGUCUUGUGUGGACGCCUGCCAGUCAGCUGGUUUCAUCUGUGAACCCGCUCACUUUCGCUUCAUCAACAACAAGGAGGCUCUGCGCUGGUUGGACGUACAGUGUGAAGUUGUAGACUCUGAGAUUAACCACAUCUUGCCAGCCUUCUCGGUGGUGCGGCAGGAGUGUGGCCUUCAGAGGGAACCGCUACUCUUCAGCUGUGCAGGACACUCCCCUAAAUACAGACGUCUUUGCCCCUGCAGGGACUUCCGCCAUGGGCAGGUGGCGCUGUGCAGAGACUGGCUAUAAUGACAGAACACGUGAAGGACAGACAGAAAAGACAUGGACAAAGAGAAAGAGAAGAAAGUGUAGAGCUGUGACAUAUCACCUGGUGUUGCAGAGAGCCAGCCUCUCUCGAAAAGUAAAUGUAGGCUCGUGACGAAGAAGCAUGCAUGGAUUUAAAGAGUUUACACUGGAACUGAGCCUGGGUUGUAUCAGAGGAUAUUUGAUGACUGUAGCUGUUAUAACAGAUGUUAUACUGCAACAGACUGGAGACACUUUGGCUACACUGAACACAUAACAUGUGGACCGUUCAAGAAGCAGAUGUGCCAUGAAAUGCAUCUUUUACUGGCUACACCUGCAGCUCACCUGCCGCAGAGUGACUCACAGGCAAAGCAAGCAAAACACUGAGCUUUCAUUCUUGGGAUUGUGUUGCCUUCAUUGUUUUUAACCUAGCACAGUGCUGUGAAACUUCACAGUUUCUGUGAUAUGAGUAAUUAACAUCCACAGACUACACGCGCCCCUUUUAAGGUAUAAGUAAACAAACGCCAGCUGGUCCUGGCAAAAUAAGUUAUAACCAGUAGUUUCAUUUAAAUUAAAAAAACAGUUUAUGACUGUCUGCUGUGCUAAAGGACCACACGAAUCAACCUUAAUAAUUAUAAAUAGAGCACUUGCCUAUUUUUGCAAAUUCAGAGCAGAUCUCUGCAGAGCACACGCAGCACUUAAAUGUUGUUCCAACACCUCGGGAGGCAAUUUACAUUAAUUAGAAAGGUUUAAGUGGCACAGGAGGUGCUCUGCGAAUGGUUCACAUAUGUUACAUGUUCAAAGUACCCACAACCUUUUUAAAAUAGCAUUCGAGUGGUUCCAAGUGUCCAGAGACUGGGUUAAUGCUCACAAAGCUGAAAGACUUUCACAAAAACAGGAUACAGGAUAAUAGUUUCUGCAAGAUGCUGACUGAUGAUAUUAUACACAACAUUUCAUUUUUUUGGAAUUGUAUCCCACCAAAAUAAGGGGUUCCAGUUGAAAAAUAGACCCUUUAAAAGCAUGUGACUGCAGAGUAUUGGGACUACACUGUCAUUCCAUGACAAAGUCUUCAAAUAUCUUGGCUUGGAGAAGGCAACCUCAGGUCAAUAUCCAAUCUCCUCUCUGCACAUGGACAAAGGAUGAUGGACAACCAGGUUAUCUCCCCAGCUUUUUCUCCCCUCCUCCUGUGAUGGACAGAAUAAUUUAUCAGACUGAAACCCAAGUCUGAGGUAACAUCACUCAAUGCAAUCAUCUCUGGUCAGAAAACGAAAGAGGAGAAGAGAGGACAAAGAUAAAGGGCACAAGAUUAUUUUUCAAUAAAUAAGCUUUUAGAGCCUUCAGUUGGAUUUUUAAAAAGUCCUCCGGGCUUUUGUGA